AUGGCUACCACUCUGGAGAAGACUGUGGAGGUCUCCGCGAACUCCAAUCUUUCGCAAGCUGAAAUGGCCACGAAAAAAGAUGUCACACCGAUGGAGAUAGAAGAUGCAAGAGUCGUCACAGAGGAUGAAGUACAAAAGUACUCCAAGGAUGAUGAUGAAGCUAUGGCGGCUUAUGCCAAGUACCAUGGACCGCCUCUGGUACUGGAUGAGGCAACAAACAAGAGAUUGCUUCGCACAAUUGACUGGCAUUUGAUGCCUAUCUUGUGUCUUGUUUUCGGGCUCAACUAUCUAGAUAAAACGACUCUCUCCUACGCGAGUAUCAUGGGCAUCAAAACAGAUAUUCAUCUCGUCAAUGACGAAUACCAAUGGCUGGGUUCCAUUUUCUAUCUUGGUUUCUUGAUCUGGGAGUACCCUACAAACCGUUUGCUUCAGGUUCUUCCUCUUGCCAAAUAUUCCGCUUUCUGUGUCGCCACUUGGGGAGGUGUUCUUGCCCUUUCUGCCACGCUUACCAACUUUUCCGGUGCUAUGGCCAUUCGAUUUUUCCUAGGAAUGUUUGAAGCCGCCAGUAUGCCUGGUUUCGCGCUGCUGUCCUCUCAAUGGUAUACAGUUCGAGAACACAACACACGUACUGGGUUGUGGAUCAGUUCAAAUGGAUGGGGACAGAUUGUUGGCGGAUUGGUCGCCUAUGGUAUCUCCCGGGGUACUACUGAUCACCCGUCAGCUCUGGCAGGAUGGAAGAUCAUCUUCAUAGCAAUUGGUUGCUUCACGACACUCGUUGGCAUCUUGUUCUUCUGGGUCAUCCCUGAUAACCAAUUGAAUUGCCGCUGGCUCAACGAAAGGGACCGUCUUCUCGCCCUUGAGAGAGUUCGGGAAAAUGAGCAAGGAAUCGGAAAUCGAAAGUUCAAAUGGUACCAAUUCCGCGAAGCAUUGCUUGACCCUCUCACCUGGGCUCUGUUCGCUUACGGUGUGCUCUCCGAUAUCCCUAACGGCGGUAUCACAAAUUUCUUUAGUCAGUUGAUUGUGAACUUCGGGUACACUCCACAACAGAGUCUGUUAUAUGGAUGUCCAGGUGGCGCCGUCGUGAUCAUUGCCUGCAUUUCCAAUGGCUUGGCUGGKGACUAUUUCAAGCAGCGCACUCUGAUUGCCUGUCUGCCCAUGCUGUGUGCAGCCAUCGGCAUGCUCCUAAUUAUUGCUCUACCUCUAAGCAACAACGUCGGUCGGUUGAUCGGAUACUAUAUGACACAGGCACUGCCGGCCACUGGUGCUACUGUGCUCUCCCUCAUCUCGAGCAACAUCGCUGGAUACACUAAGAAAACCACAGUUGCCGCUUUGUACUUGAUUGGAUAUUGUACCGGCAAUAUCAUCGGACCGCAAACAUUCAGACCUAAAGAUGCACCUCGUUAUGUAUCUGCUGAGAUUACCAUUCUGGUUUGUUUUGGAUUGUGUAUCGUCGACCUGCUCUUCAUCAACUGGUGGUGUCGCCGCCAAAACAGACGAAAGGCGGCCAUUCGGGCAAGCCCUGAAUAUGUACGCGUUGAAAACCAAGGGUAA